AUGGCUUAUUUGCCCGAGGAGACAACCAAAGUACCGCUUUCCCGAAUUGCCAUACCCGGGACACACAAUUCGGGGAGCUACAGCAUUGAGGAAUCUUCUCCGAUCUCUCCUGACAUGAGUUUUGGAUUCCUGACCAGAGUCCUUGGCCUCUUCUUUGACAUUCCCUUCUCCAAGUGGUCUGUGACCCAAAACACUAAUUUCACAACUCAACUUCAGUCAGGAAUUCGUUACUUCGACAUGCGAGUUGCUAUGGAUAAGCACACUUGUGUGAAUUCACACCCUAAUUUCUCCAGCGACAUUUACACCUGCUUCUUCCUUGUCCACGGGCAGUAUGCCAAUAGAGUCAGCGAGGAGUUAAAGACAAUUAAGAGCUUUUUGGAGCACCAUCCUAAAGAAGUGGUCAUAAUCGACUUUCAGCACUUUCAUGGGCUAAACGAAUCUUUGAAGUCCGUGUUCACAGACCUGGUCAAGGAAGUGUUUGGAGAAAAGCUAGAACCUUAUGGAAGUCAAAUACCUUCAUUGGCGGACAUGUGGUCACGCAAAACGCAAGUCAUCGUUUUGGGCUAUGAGAAGAAGCUGGACAAAUCUCAGGAGGGCACUUCAGUGCUGUGGCCGAGGUCUGCUGUUAGACAACCGUGGCCUAAUACAAGGAACCCUGAAUUUCUGCGUACCUUUCUUACCAAGCUCCUCAAAGGUUGGAUGCGAAAAAACCGCCCAGGCUACUUUCAAGUCUUUCAGGGCAUUCUCUCUCCCAAUCUAGACUAUCUCCUGCUUAACCCCAAGGGUGGAAUAGAAAAUCUAGCCAGAAUUGCCAACACUGUAGUGGAGAAAUGGUUGGAUGGAUUGGAUCGUCUGCACGGCAUCGUCAUUACGGAUUUUUCGGUCCUUGGCUUUCCCACCUUUUCUCGCAAAGUCUUUUUCAUGAACUGGUAA